AUGACCAACGUGAUGGUACCCUUCAUGUUUAAGUAUGCUGUGGACGAGCUGAAUGGACUGUCAGGACACAUGUUGAACCUGAGCGAUGCCCCCAGCACUGUUGCUACCAUGGCAACUGCUGUUCUGAUUGGCUGUAAGUCACACACACGCUUUUCUACACAAACUAGAAAGACACAAAACAUUUUUUAUUUUAAUAUUUUGAACAGAAUAUUGUUGUCACAGUCCAGGAGUUAAUAUAGAAUCUAUCUGGGGUAGGGAACCAUUAAACAACAAGUGUAUCAAACUUAGUGUUGGCUCUGUGUCCCGACUUCUCCUCUCUGCUCUGUUCUCCUCUCUGCUCUGUUCUCCUCUCUGUUCUCCUCUAUGCUCUGUUCUCCUCUCUGUUCUCCUCUCCUCUCUGUUCUCCUCCUCUCUGUUCUCCUCUCUGCUCUGUUCUCCUCUCUGCUCUGUUCUCCUCUCUGCUCUGUUCUCCUCUCUGCUCUGUUCUCCUCUCUGCUCUGUUCUCCUCUCUGUUCUCCUCUCUGCUCUGUUCUCCUCUCUGCUCUGUUCUCCUCUCUGCUCUGUUCUCUGCUCUGUUCUCCUCUCUGCUCUGUUCUCCUCUCUGCUCUGUUCUAUGCUCUGUUCUCCUCUCUGUUCUCCUCUCUGCUCUGUUCUCCUCUCUGCUCUGUUCUCCUCUAUGCUCUGUUCUCCUCUCUGCUCUGUUCUCCUCUCUGCUCUGUUCUCUGCUCUGUUCUCCUCUAUGCUCUGUUCUCCUCUAUGCUCUGUUCUCCUCUCUGUUCUCCUCUCCUCUCUGUUCUCCUCUCUGCUCUGUUCUCCUCUCUGCUCUGUUCUCCUCUAUGCUCUGUUCUCCUCUCUGCUCUGUUCUCCUCUCUGUUCUCCUCUCUGCUCUGUUCUCCUCUCUGCUCUGUUCUCCUCUCUGAUCUGUUCUCCUCUAUGCUCUGUUCUCCUCUAUGCUCUGUUCUCCUCUCUGCUCUGUUCUCCUCUCCUCUCUGUUCUCCUCUCUGCUCUGUUCUCCUCUCUGCUCUGUUCUCCUCUAUGCUCUGUUCUCCUCUCUGCUCUGUUCUCCUCUCCUCUCUGUUCUCCUCUCUGCUCUGUUCUCCUCUAUGCUCUGUUCUCCUCUCUGCUCUGUUCUCCUCUCUGCUCUGUUCUCCUCUAUACUCUGUUCUCCUCUAUGUUCUCCUCUCUGCUCUGUUCUCUGCUCUGUUCUCUGCUCUGCUCUGUUCUCUGCUCUGUUCUCCUCUAUGCUCUGUUCUCCUCUCUGCUCUGUUCUCCUCUAUGCUCUGUUCUCCUCUCUGCUCUGUUCUCCUCUCUGCUCUGUUCUCUGCUCUGUUCUCCUCUAUGCUCUGUUCUCCUCUAUGCUCUGUUCUCCUCUCUGUUCUCCUCUCCUCUCUGUUCUCCUCUCUGCUCUGUUCUCCUCUCUGCUCUGUUCUCUGCUCUGUUCUCCUCUCCGCUCUGUUCUCCUCUCUGCUCUGUUCUCCUCUCUGCUCUGUUCUCCUCUCUGCUCUGUUCUCUGCUCUGUUCUCCUCUAUGCUCUGUUCUCCUCUCUGUUCUCCUCUCUGCUCUGUUCUCUGCUCUGUUCUCCUCUCUGCUCUGUUCUCCUCUCUGCUCUGUUCUCUGCUCUGUUCUCCUCUCCUCUCUGUUCUCCUCUCUGCUCUGUUCUCCUCUCUGCUCUCCUCUCUGCUCUGUUCUCUGCUCUGUUCUCCUCUAUGCUCUGUUCUCCUCUAUGCUCUGUUCUCCUCUCUGCUCUGUUCUCCUCUAUGCUCUGUUCUCUGCUCUGUUCUCCUCUCUGCUCUGUUCUCCUCUCUGCUCUGUUCUCUGCUCUGUUCUCUGCUCUGUUCUCCUCUCUGCUCUGUUCUCCUCUCUGCUCUGUUCUCUGCUCUGUUCUCUGCUUUGUUCUCCUCUCUGCUCUGUUCUCUGCUCUGUUCUCCUCUAUGCGCUGUUCUCCUCUCUGCUCUGUUCUCCUCUCUGUUCUCCUCUCUGCUCUGUUCUCCUCUCUGUUCUCCUCUCUGUUCUCCUCUCUGUUCUCCUCUCUGUUCUCCUCUCUGCUCUUUCUCCUCUCUGCUCUGUUCUCCUCUCUGCUCUGUUCUCCUCUCUGCUCUGUUCUCCUCUCUGCUCUGUUCUCCUCUAUGCUCUGUUCUCCUCUAUGCUCUGUUCUCCUCUCUGUUUCUCCUCUCUGCUCUGUUUCUCCUCUCUGCUCUGUUCUCCUCUGCUCUGUUCUCCUCUCUGCUCUGUUCUCCUCUCUGCUCUGUUCUCCUCUCUGUUCUCCUCUCCUCUCUGUUCUCCUCUCUGCUCUGUUCUCCUCUAUGCUCUGUUCUCUGCUCUGUUCUCCUCUCUGUUCUCCUCUCUGCUCUGUUCUCCUCUCUGCUCUGUUCUCCUCUGCUCUUUCUCUGCUCUGUUCUCCUCUCUGCUCUGUUCUCCUCUCUGCUCUGUUCUCCUCUCUGCUUUGUUCUCCUCUCUGCUCUGUUCUCCUCUCUGCUCUGUUCUCUGCUCUGUUCUCUGCUUUGUUCUCCUCUCUGCUCUGUUCUCCUCUGCUCGGUUCUCCUAUAUGCUCUGUUCUCCUCUCUGCUCUGUUCUCCUCUCUGGCUCUGUUCUCCUCUCUGCUCUGUUCUCCUCUAUGCUCUGUUCUCCUCUAUGCGCUGUUCUCCUCUCUGCUCUGUUCUCCUCUCUGCUCUGUUCUCCUCUCUGCUCUGUUCUCCUCUAUGCUUGUUUUCCUCAUGCGCUGUUCUCCUCUCUUUCUCUGUUCUCCCUCUCUGUUCUCCUCUCUGCUCUGUUCUCCUCUCUGUUCUCCUCUCUGUUUCCUCUCUGCUCUGUUCUCCUCUCUGCUCUGUUCUCCUCCUGCUCUGUUCUCCUCUCUGCUCUGUUCUCCUCUAUGCCUGUUUCUCCUCUAUGCUCUGUUUCCUCUCUUUUUCUCCUCUCUGCUCUGUUCUCCUCUCUGUCUGUUUCCUCUAGCUCUGUUCUCCUCUCUCUCUGUUCUCCUCUCUCUCGGUUCUCCUCUCUUUUUCCUCUCCUCUUGUUCUCCUCUCUGCUUUUGUUCUCCCUUUUGCUCUGUUCUCUGUUCUGUUCUCCUCUCUGUUCUCCUCUCGCUCUGGUUCUCCUCUCUGCUCUGUUCUCCUCUCUGCUCUGUUCUCUGCUCUGUUCUCCUCUAUGCUCUGUUCUCCUCUAUGCUCUGUUCUCCUCUCCUUUCUCUGUUCUCCUCUAUGCUCUGUUCUCCUCUAUGCUCUGUUUCUCUUGCUCUUGUAUCCUCUUCUCCUGCUCUGUUCUCCUCUCUGCUCGUUCUCUGCUCUGUUCUCUGCUUUGUUCUCCUCUCUGCUCUGUUCUCCUCUCUGCUCUGUUCUCUGCUCUGUCUCUGCUUUGUUCUCCUCUCUGCUUCUGUUCCUGCUCUGUUCUCUAUAUGCCCUGUUCUCCUCUCUGCUCUGUUCUCCUCUCUGCUCUGUUCUCCUCUCUGCUCUGUUCUCCUCUCUGCUCUGUUCUCCUCUCUGCUCUGUUCUCCUCUCUGCUCUGUUCUCCUCUCUGCUCUGUUCUCCUCUCUGCUCUGUUCUCCUCUCUGCUCUGUUCUCCUCUCUGUUCUCCUCUCUGCUCUGUUCUCCUCUCUGCUCUGUUCUCCUCUCUGUUCUCCUCUCUGUUCUCCUCUCUGUUCUCCUCUCUGCUCUGUUCUCCUCUCUGCUCUGUUCUCCUCUAUGCUCUGUUCUCCUCUAUGCUCUGUUCUCCUCUCUGUUCUCCUCUCUGCUCUGUUCUCCUCUAUGCUCUGUUCUCCUCUCUGCUCUGUUCUCCUCUCUGCUCUGUUCUCCUCUAUGCUCUGUUCUCCUCUCUGUUCUCCUCUCCUCUCUGUUCUCCUCUAUGCUCUGUUCUCUGCUCUGUUCUCCUCUCUGCUCUGUUCUCCUCUCUGUUCUCCUCUCUGCUCUGUUCUCCUCUCUGCUCUGUUCUCCUCUCUGCUUUGUUCUCCUCUCUGCUCUGUUCUCCUCUCUGCUCUGUUCUCUGCUCUGUUCUCUGCUUUGUUCUCCUCUCUGCUCUGUUCUCUGCUCUGUUCUCCUAUAUGCUCUGUUCUCCUCUCUGCUCUGUUCUCCUCUCUGCUCUGUUCUCCUCUAUGCUCUGUUCUCCUCUAUGCGCUGUUCUCCUCUCUGCUCUGUUCUCCUCUCUGCUCUGUUCUCCUCUCUGCUCUGUUCUCCUCUCUGUUCUCCUCUAUGCUCUGUUCUCCUCUCUGUUCUCCUCUCCUCUCUGUUCUCCUCCUCUCUGUUCUCCUCUCUGCUCUGUUCUCCCUCUCUCUGCUCUGUUCUCCUCUCUGCUCUGUUCUCCUCUAUGCUCUGUUCUCCUCUCUGCUCUGUUCUCCUCUCUGCUCUGUUCUCCUCUUGCUCUGUUCUCCUCUCUGCUCUGUUCUCCUCUCUGCUCUGUCUCUGCUCUGUUCUCCCUCUCUGCUCUGUUCUAUGCUCUGUUCUCUCUCUGUUCUCCUCUUCUGCUCUGUUCUCCUCUCUGCUCUGUUCUCCUCUAUGCUCUGUUCUCCUCUCUGCUCUGUUCUCCUCUCUGCUCUGUUCUCUGCUCUGUUCUCCUCUAUGCUCUGUUCUCCUCUAUGCUCUGUUCUCCUCUCUCUCUGCCUCUGUUCUUCCUCUCUGCUCUGUUCUCUGCUCUGUUCUCCUCUAUGCUCCUGUCUCCCUCCUCUGUAGGCUCUGUUCUCUGCUCUGUUCUCCUCCUCUCUGCUCUGUUUCUCCUCUCUGCUCUGUUCUCCUCUCUGCUCUGUUCUCCUCUAUGCUCUGUUUCCUCUCCGCUCUGUUCUUUCCCCUCUGCUCUGUUCUCCUCUCUGCUCUGUUCUCCUCUCUGCCCCUGUUUUCUGCUCUGUUCUCCUCUGCUCUGUUCUCUGCUCUGUUCUCUGUUUUUUUCCUCUUGCUCUUCUCCUCUCUGUUCUCUCUCUGCUCUGUUCUCCUUUUCUGCUCUGUUCUCCUCUCUGCUCUGUUCUCCUCUCUGCUCUGUUUCCUUAUGCUCUUUUUCUCCUUUUCUGCUCUGUUCUCCUCUCCCGCUCUUUCUCCUCUAUGCUCUGUUCUCUCUUGUUUUCCUCUCUUUCUCUGUUCUCCUCUCUGUUCUCCCUCUCCCGCUCUUUUUCUCCUCUCUGCUCUGUUCUCCUCUAUGCCUGUUUCCUCUCUGCUCUGUUCUCCUCUCUGCUCUGUUCUCCUCUCUGUUCUCCUCUCUGCCCUUUUUCUCCUCUCUGUUCUCCUCUCUGCUCUGUUCUCCUCUCUGCUCUGUUCUCCUCUCUGCUCGUUCUCCUUCUGCCCCUUUUUUUCUCCCCUCUGCUUGUUCUACAUUAUAGUAGUGGAUUACUAACACGUUAUUUGAAGUCGCUAUGUGGGUUUGACGUCAUUAGCUAAUGUGGGUGACAACGAUGUAGGCUGUGAUUACAUUUUAAUAUGUAGGUUUGGCUUGGAAGGUAGGGAGGGAGGGAGAAAAAAAGAGAUGGUGGUAGGGAGGAGGAGGGAAAGAGGGGGUAGGAGGGGGGAGGGAGGGAAAGAGGUGGGAGGGGGGGAGGGAAAAUAGUUGGGAGGUGGAGAAGGGUGGUGGGGAGGGGGAUGGGAGGGAGGGAGGAAAGAGGAGAUAGGGAGGGAAAGAGGUGGUUAGGAGGGAGGGAGGGGGUGGUAGGGAGGAGGGAGGGAAGAGGGGUAGGAGGGGGGAGGGAGGUGGUAGGGAGGAGGGAGGGAAAGGGUGGUAGGAGGGGGGAGGGACGGUGGUAGGGGGAGGGAGGGAAAGAGGGUGGUAGGAGGGGGGCGGGUGGUGGUAGGGAGGAGGGAGGGAAAGAGUGGUAGGAGGGAGGGAGGGAGGGAGGGAGGGAGAAAAGAGGUGGGAGGGAGGGGGAGGGAAAGAGGUGGUAGGGGAGGGAGGGAGGGAGGAAAAGGUGAGGAGGGAGGUAAGAGGGGUAGGGUGGGGGGAGAGGGGUAGGAGGGGGAGGGAGGGAGGGAGGGAGGGAGGGAGGAAAAGAGGUAGGAGGGAGGAGGAAAGAGUCGGUGGGGAGGGGGAUGGGGAGGGAGGGAGGAAAAGAGGAGAUAGGGAGGGAGGGAAGAGAGGAGGUGGGGAGGGGCGGGAGGAAGAGAGGAGGGGGGGUUUUGGGGAGGGAGGAAAAGAGGAGUAGGGAGGAGGGAGGAGGGGGGGAGGUUUGGGAAGAGAGGGGAGGGGAGGGAGGAAAAGAGGUGGGGAAGGGGGAGGGAGGGAGGAAGGAGGUGGUGGGGAGGGGAAUGAGGAGGAAAGGGGGGGGAAUAAAGAGGUGGGGGAUGGAGGGAUGGAGGGAGGAGGAAAAGGGUGGUGGUAGGGAGGGAAAUGAGGGAGCGGAGAUAGGGUGGGGGGAGGGAUAUGGGAGGGGAGCAGAGAGAGAGAAAAGUUAUAGAACCCAUCGCCCUUUAUGGUUGUGAGGUCUGGGGUCCGCUCACCAACCAAGAAUUCACAAAAUGGUAAAGAACACAAAAUUGACACUGCAUGCAGAAUUCUGAAAAAACAUCCUCCAUGUACAACGUAUAACACCAAAUAAUGCAUGCAGAGCAGAAUUAGGCCGAUACCCGCUAAUGAUCAAAAUCCAGAAAAGAGACGUUAAAUUCUACAACCACCUAAAAGGAAGCGAUUCCCAAACCUUUCGUAACAAAGCCAUCACCUACAGAGAGAUGUCUUAACAAAAUGCUCCACUAUGCAAGUAACCAUUUCAAUAGAAUGUUCAUGAUGUCACUGCGACAAUAAUAAAUAUGCAGCCGGAGUCCGACGACAGCAGAUAGAAAUUCAGUGCUUUAACUAAUUAUGACAAAUGUUAAGAAAAUGUUAAGCAAUGUAGUAUAGUAAUGACUUUUCAAAUAAAUUAGGUUACACGUUAUGUUGGCUGACAAUUUGUUAGCUACGCUAUCCUUACGAACCGCAUAGCAUUACAGCAGUAUGUACCGGUAUGUUAGCUAGCUACCUAACGUCAGUUGGCUACUAAUACAUGGAACUUGCCAGUAUAUUAACUAUAUGCUAUCUAACUAACUACCCAACGUUUAUUGACUUGAUUAUUCACGUCAUUCUUAGCUAAGUGGUAUAGUCGUUGCGCGUUCUCAAUGGACAUUGUUAAUUCUGGCAAUCUACUCCGAUUUCAGAGCGCUCUCGUCUGAGUGUGCCAGAGCGCAGAAUAACUGACGAAUUUUCGAACGCUCAACACCUGUUGAAUAUGGCCUGUGUCAGUAAACAUUGGGGAAAAAAGCAUCAUUAAAUUGUUGCCAGCAGCACAGUUACAGUCACCAACGCUCUGGAUAACAUGAAAACAGCCUAACCAGCUCUGCUAGGGCGAGUAAAAUGGUCAGAGUGAGCUGUUCUCUCAUUUGUGUCUGGAAGUAGCUAGCCAACGUUAGCCAGUUAGCUUGGGUGCUUGACUGUUGUUGUUAGGUCAGAACGCUCGGAUCAACCCUACUCCUCGGCCAGAGCGUCCAGUGUGCGCUCCGGAGAGCGAAAAAGCUCUGAAUUUACGAACUGACAAUCUGACAACGCUCUGAAUUUAUGGGCGGGGCUAUAGUUUAAGAGGGUGUGAACGAUGCUGAAUGGGUGUAGACAAAGAAGAGCUCUCCAGUAGGUGUACCAAAACAUUCAAAGGCCAUUUUCUCAAAAGUGAGGUUACAAGUUUAUCAACUUUCAAAGCAGAAUUACUUUCCCAUUGCAGUGUAUGAUAUACCAUUUUCUAGCUCUGAGUCUCUACUUUUAUCCAAUGUAAAAAACACAAUUUCAGAUUUUGCUACAUAAGACUGAAUCGAGCCGGUCUGGUCUGAAACGCAGUGGUCUAAGGCACUGCAUCGCAGUGCUAGCUGUGCCACUAGAGAUCCUGGUUCGAAUCCAGGCUCUGUCGUAGCCGGCCGCAGCCGGGAGACCCAUGGGGCGGCGCACAAUUGGCCCAGCGUCGUCCAGGGUAGGGGAGGGAAUGGCCGGCAGGGGUGUAGCUCAGUUGGUAGAGCAUGGCGUUUGCAACGCCAGGGUUGUGGGUUCGUUUCCCACCGGGGGCCAGUAUGAAAAUAAUAAUGUAUGCACUAACUGUAAGUCGCUCUGGAUAAGAGCGUCUGCUAAAUGACUAAAAUGUAAAUGUAAACAGUCUCGUCUCUGAUAAAUUCAGGCUAUAUUUGUCAGCCAUGUCCAUUUGAACCAGACCUGGGUCUUAAUAGUAUUUGUUUAUUUUUUCAAAUACUUGAGGUUCACUUGAUUUGACUUGCCUAGUACAAUCAGCUCAAUGGAUGUCAAUGUUAGUCUGUCUGUGAUUUACUAUAAAGGCUGGUCCUUGCCUAGUACAAUCAGCUCAAUGGAUGUCAAUGUUAGUCUGUCUGUGAUUUACUAUAAAGGCUGGUCCUUGUCUCCGCUGAGCUCCGCCCCGACGCAGCCAAAGCCCUGAUGAAAUCCUCUCUUCCUUCUCCCAGACGGUGUGUCCCGUGCCGGUUCGGCCCUCUUCAACGAGCUGCGUAACGCCGUGUUCGGGAAGGUGGCCCAGAAUUCCAUCCGCCGCAUCGCCAAGAACGUGUUCCUGCAUCUCCACAGCCUGGACCUGGGCUUCCACCUGUCUCGCCAGACGGGGGCGCUGUCUAAGGCUAUUGACAGGGGCACCAGGGGCAUCUCCUUCGUCCUCUCUGCUAUUGUCUUCAACCUGGGACCCACCGUGUUGGAGAUGGGGCUGGUCUCUGCUAUCCUG